UUGCAAAGAAUUUAGAAGGUAGUGAAAAAUAGUUUCUAGUUUCAUCGCAAAAUCGCCCCUUGUUUGGGGAUUCAUCUCGUGUUCCUGGCACUUGCAAGCAGAACCUGCGACAAUGGACAUUAACAGAAACAAUGCCUUUUUCGACAAGUUGAAGCAAAACGUUACUGAUACGUUCGAUCGACUCCGAAAGGCGGUGGAUAUGAGAGAAAAGCUGCUAUUGCGGCAGCUCUCCGUUGUAGUGCAACAGUCCCAGCAUACCACGUUCGAGUUCGAUAGGAUUCGUUUCCUAGGCGGCGGGGAGGAUGAGCUGAUUGCCCGGAUCCGAACGUACGGUAGAUACAACAUUGAUAAUUUCAAUGUUAUCCUGCAGAAAGAACCGUACGAGAACGAGGAUUACAUACUACCGUCGAACGACCAUGAUUUGAUGCAUAAGAGCUGCCGGCAGGGGGCGGACGAUGAACGGGACCCGGAGAGCGAAGAGAUUGUAGUGGAGUUCUUUAACAAUCGCAGUCUGAUAAAGGACAGUGCUGAAAUGUUACGAGAGUCGAUCAUUAACCUAACGUUAAACGAGAGCCGUGAAAUAAUUGACCGAUCAUUUGGUGGUAAAGCGGAAGGUUUGCCCGAACAUGUAGCGGUUGACAUGGCGAAGGAGGAUAGGGAAGUUUUGGAAUCCAUGCGAUCAUGUAAAAUCGAUCCAACAACUCACCGCCUGUUACGAGGGCGUAGUUCCGUCUCGGACGUACCGUUUGAUUCACUUUCCUUUCAAGGUGAGCAGCAGCCCGUCUUGGAGACGCGUGACGAUGGUUGUAAUAACAACAACAACGCCGAUGGCAACCAGCUAAAGAACACUCGCAUUAUAGAAUCGCGUGACGAGUGUGAAAAAACGAUUUCACUUUCCACCGCACCCCAUCGCAUGAUACCGAAGGCUUCGCAAACGGACGGGUUGAUUACGGUGCGGGCAAUCGAUUCGGAAGGGAACGUGAGGGGGAUUGCAGGUAUGGAAAAGAGCGUGAAAAAUGUCGGCCACCUUAUGAUGAACAGUUGUGGAAGCACGAUAAAUCUGAAGAAUGUAACCAACCUUACAAUAAACGCGUGCACGGAACGUGCUGCGUCAAUACCAGCGCAAACGGACCGCUCCAGGACGGCGAAGGAGGCUGCAUGUGGUACCGCAGGAAAGACCUGCGCAUCGGAGGAAGGUAGCCCAGAGUGCGGGUUCUACAAACGUCUCAUCACGGAAAACAAAAUCCUGCGGAAUCAUGUUCUCAAAUCAAUGCUGAGCAGCGGAGAGUCAAAUCAUCUGAAGCCCAUGGUCCGUUCAUCCGAUUCCGACCACUCUAGAUCAACGUCUUCUAAAACUACUACGAUUACGGAUGGUCCAUCGAGCACCAUCACCAGUGUUCCGGAACAUGUGGGGGCCGAUUUGGAUGAGAAAGAUCCGUACUUAAAAAUUUCUCUCUCGGAUAAGGAACUGCAGCACAUGCUGGACAUGCCAUCGUCACUCCACGACAAAAGUCUUUCGUUCGUCCUGGGAGAGUUGUAUGGAUUAGCUGCGAAUAAUAGUAUGAGUGGUCCCGGGGCUGGUUCGGCCAACACACCCGGGGGUGACGCGAAAGAGCACUCGAACCAAAUUCAGCAAUGGCUGAAGCAAAUUAUCUCUGAGUCUGAAACGGAACCAUUCCAAAAUGCGGAAAUGCUCGAGUUUAGUAAAAUUCAUAACUAAUCCAUCGUUUUCCGCAUUGCAAAUGGAAUUAAUUUUCAGUCGAGGGAUAUUCCCACGGAAGCGCUUUAUUUUAUUGCGUAGGUACACAAUGAGACAAUUCGUUCCUGAACUGUGAUUAUUUAAGGUUUUUCAGGGUGUUUUCAGGCGGCAUAUACAGUGUCCUGGGGAAAGUGAUUAGAUACCCUCGCAAAGAUUUCUUAACAUCACUUUCGAAUAAUUUCAUAUGACCCGUGAGAUGGUCACACAGCAUUACAGCAGUACAUGUGAUACUAUAUUACCAUGAAAUGUGGUCAUGCAAGCGCACGCUUAUGCGCGGGUCAAACAUGCUUUCAAGCGUCACGUAAAUUUAUUUUUCUUCUUAUUUUCAUCUUUUUUUCAAUUACAUUCUUUUUUAUCUCCCGUCUCGAAAUACUACAUUUUUUAUCAUAUAGAUUCUAGAACUCUUUCGUUGUUUCUAUUAUCUUGUAUUUUAUUUCCUUCUCAUCAGCGCUAUUGUUUUUCUACGACAUUCCAUCCAUAAUGCACAAUGACCCACACCCAUAUCUUUUAUACAAAAUCUCUGAAUCUUUUUGAUUCCUGUGCCAUUGCGGUCGAUAGAAUGCUACUUAGUUGUAAUGAAGUACUUUAAACAUGGAACAGUUUUCUCAUCUCAAUUGUGUAUUACUUUUUUAUAUACACAUCCAUAGCUAGAUGUUACAAUUACAUUGCGUGUGUAUUUUGCUAAAGUAAUCGAAGGGAAGAGGGAAGUAAUGAAAAGUAAUCAUUCAGUAACUACGAGCAGAAAUUAACAGAAUACGUGUUGUGUGUGCGUGUUAAUGGUGUAGGUGAAAUAUCCCCGGUUUCGUAAAGUAUACUUAAAUAAUCAUAAAUGUAGUGAUGUCGAGAAGAUAUUUAUAAUAUGUCAAAGCCGCUUGCUUACGAAAACGAUAAGAGUACAUUCACAAUAUACGCCGAGCACCGAUAGUUCGGUGACGUUCAUGUGGCUAAUAAAGGAUGAUCACAUAAAUACAGGUGAA